GAAUUGUUCAUGACUUCGCAGAGAAAAGAUAAAUAAAUAUAUAUAAACGUAGAAAAAUUUUCUAUUCUCCCCCUCCUUCCCGAUGAUUUUAGAUUGAGUUUCAUCAUCGAUUGAGCAAGAGCUUACGGCCGGAGUAUGAGUAUUAUUUUGUAAUUGCUAGACCGAGUGGUUAUGUUGAUGCUGGAAUUGGAAUAUUGGUACUGUAUUGGUGAUUUAUAGAUAGAGGUUGUGUGAGUGGUGGUGAAGAUCUUGAAGACGGUAUUCUUUCGCAUUAUAUAAAAAUGGCAGCAGUGGUCGCUAAGGGUAGUGGUAGCAGUGGAGGUGGUGGUGGUAGUGGCAGUCAGGUGUCUUCGUCCUUAUCAAUCCAAGAAAAGGGAAGUAGAAACAAGAGAAAAUUUAGGGCUGAUCCGCCUCUAGGUGAUUCAAACAAUCUCCCUUCUUCAUCUCAAACUGAAUGCCCAACUUAUGAAUUCUCUGCUGAGAAAUCCCAAAAUAGUCUCAAUUAUGAGCAGCAGGGUGCCUGUGAUCUAUGUGGCCUCAACCAAGACCAUAUCGAUGCUCCAAAACCUGAUAUUAGAGUGCCAGGUAUCCCAGGAUCAUCUGAGGAAGGGUCCACUCGGCCUAAGGAGGAGGUAGAAGAAGAGUUCCAGGAUGCUGAUUGGAGUGACCUCACGGAAAGCCAUCUUGAAGAACUUGUCUUGAGCAAUUUGGACACAAUUUUCAAGAGUGCAAUCAAGAAGAUUGCUGCAUGUGGGUACAGUGAGGAGGUCGCCACAAAGGCUGUCUUGAGGUCUGGCCUUUGUUAUGGGUGCAAGGACACUGUGUCAAAUAUUGUGGAUAAUACAUUGGCUUUUCUGAAACAUGGGCAAGAGGCCGAUUCUUCAAAAGAGCACUUCUUUGAGGAUUUACAGCAACUGGAGAAAUAUAUAUUGGCAGAGAUGGUUUGUGUUCUUCGAGAGGUCAGACCAUUCUUCAGUGUGGGGGAUGCAAUGUGGUGCUUGCUGAUCUGUGAUAUGAAUGUAUCUCAUGCUUGUGCAAUGGAUGGUGAUCCUUUGAGUGGUUUUGGUGCUGAUGAGGCCCCUGGGGGUAGUCCCUCUGUCACUACUGUUCCCCAAUUGAAGACAGAGGUUAACAGUUCUGAACUCAAUCUUCCAAAUCCCAUUAAACCAAAUCCAAUUUUCCCUUGCUCCCAUGGUCCUCACUCAGAUUCUCCCACUGUGACAGGAAUCCCAAAUUUACCUAAUCCACGUAACCCCCUUGUUCUUGAAGGUCUACCCCCGGAGAAAGAGAAUUCAACGUCCACCUCUGAUGGUGCUGAUAAGCCCUCAGGUGUUAUUGGAGAACGUCUCCAGAUGACAUCCCAAUCUUCUGUCCCAGAGGAGAAGUCAGUUGGUGGUAGAAAGGGCCAUUCCAAUAGUGCAAAGAGAGAAUCUAUUCUUCGACAGAAGUCACUCCAUUUGGAGAAAAAUUAUCGAGCAUAUGGGUCCAAGGGUGCUCUGAGAACAGGGAAGCUUAGUGGCUUGGGUGGCUUGAUCUUGGAUAAGAAACUAAAGGCCGUCUCUGAUUCAACUGGUGUGAAUCUAAAGAGUUCUUCCUUAAAGAUGAGUAAAUCGAUGGGAGGAGAAGCAUCUCAAGCUGAUGGAAGCCAUAACAUUUUAACCAGUGCUGGACUUUCUACUCCAUCUUUUAACCCUAAAACUGUCAAUCCUCCAUCUGCAUCACCUAUAGCCAACUCCCAAUCUGUGAUACCUGCUGCCAGUACUGAGUUUUCUCUCUCAUUGCCUUCAAAAAUAAGCAAUUCUUCAAUGCCUAUCAGUUGUAAUACUGAUGCUCCUGAUUGUAGCUAUUAUGGGAUUCCAUAUGAUAAAACCCUAGGUCGAUGGGUCCCACAGGACAAGAAGGAUGAGCUGAUAUUGAAAUUGGUCCCCCGGGUGCGGGAAUUGCAAACCCAGCUCCAAGAGUGGACAGAGUGGGCUAACCAGAAGGUCAUGCAGGCUGCUCGUAGGCUGAGCAAGGACAAGACUGAGCUUAAGGCCCUAAGGCAAGAGAAAGAAGAGGUGGCACGUCUCAAGAAGGAAAAGCAAACAUUGGAAGAAAACACCAUGAAGAAGUUGUCUGAAAUGGAAAAUGCACUAUGUAAGGCUAGUGGCCAGGUUGAACGGGCUAAUGCUGCUGUUCGCAGGCUUGAAGUGGAGAAUUCAGAGUUGAGGCGGGAGAUGGAGGCUGCUAAGUUGCGAGCUGCAGAGUCAGCUGCAAGCUGUCAGGAAGUGUCAAAAAGGGAGAAAAAGACACUGAAGAAGUUCCAGUCAUGGGAGAGGCAGAAUACCUUGUUUCAGGAAGAGCUUGGUACUGAGAAGCGGAAGGUAGCUCAACUGCAACAGGAAGUACAGCAAGCUAAAGAUCUCCAGGAUCAACUUGAGGCUAGAUGGAAGCAGGAAGAAAAAACAAAGGAAGACCUAGUCAUGCAAUCCGGUGCUUUAAGAAAAGAAAGGGAACAAAUUGAGGCUCGGGGAAAACAGGAGGAGGACAUGAUAAGACAAAAGGCUGAAAAUGAUCUACAGAAAUAUAAAGAUGACAUCAAAAGAUUUGAGAAUGAGAUUUCCCAGUUGAGGUUGAAAACCGAUUCCUCAAAAAUAGCAGCACUGCGAAGGGGCAUUGAUGGAAGUUAUGCUAGCCACCUGACUGAUGGAAAAAGUAUUCCAGCUCCCAAGGGGAUCCAAACCCCUUACAAAUCUGAGAUUUUUACUGAUAUUCAGGACUAUUUGGGGACCAAAAAUCUGAAACGUGAAAGAGAGUGUGUUAUGUGCCUCUCCGAGGAGAUGUCUGUAGUUUUCCUCCCAUGUGCCCAUCAAGUUGUUUGCACAAAAUGCAAUGAGCUCCAUGAGAGACAAGGAAUGAAGGAUUGUCCUUCUUGUAGGACCCCCAUCCAGCGGCGUAUUUGUGUACGUUAUGCUAGUUCUUAGCUUGAAAAACCAACUUUUUGCAACUGUGAAGCAUUUUGAAUAAUGAUUUAAGGGGUUCCUUGGAAAUGAAUAAUGCACCUUGAGUAUUUCAGAGUUUAGACAAUCAAGUUGCCCUUAUAAAUUUCAUACUUCGUGUUGAUUCCCUAUCACUAUGUCUUCUUUAUUGUUUGACAUAUUUUUACCAAUGAAAUCACUUGUUACCACAGUUUCACCA